CUGUCUGUCUGUCUGUCUGUCUGUCUGUUAUUAAUGCUAUAAUCUCUGCCUAUAAAGGCGUCCUGUCUCUCCUCCACUUCCGUGUUGUAUUGGCUCUAUGACAAACGUGUGUGUCAACUGCGGCGCUAUGAAGUGGAAAGGAGAAGCACCCGGCAUGUUUUGUUCCCCGGGCAAAGCAGGGCAUUGGAGCUUGUCUAUUAUAUAUACGACAAAGGACGUGACGGCCGCACUGUUACUUUAAUCUCCUGCAACAGCACCAUGCUUCUCACAGAAACACCGAUUGCAACGUACCUGUGAUGUGGACAACCACAAGCGCGUAGCUCCAGAGGAUAUGACCAACAUGUAUAUACAAGUAUAUAAGUGCUACCGAACGAGCACAGUUACAGUAUUUUGCAAAGACUCAACUUGGUUCACUUAAGUAAACUUAAGCCAUGGUUUUGAAUUUUAUGUUUAGGUCAGCGUCUGUUGUGAGAACCUGUGCUACAACUGGAAAUUAACUGUGUUUAAUUAACUCGCAAGAAAAAUAUUUCAGUAAAUUAAGAGAAAACUGAAACACCAUUUCUGCAACAAACGAGAAACAUAUUUUUUGUUGCCGUCUAAAACCAAUCUAGCAUCAUGCAGUAUCCAUCAGUGUGUCCAUGUAGCUAGCAAAGAAGUUGCAACAUACGGUACAUGCAUGGUUUGUGGAAAGAUCAGCGAUCAAAGAUUCGUGGUCAGAGAGGUUUGCGUGCAAGCCACAACGUCACAUUGGCUGCGCCUCAAAUCUACAUCCAACCUGGAACAAUAGUUGGAGGCCUUUGCUGUUCCAGUCAAAGAACAGGUAUACAACUCCUAACCAAAUAGGAGCACUUGUGUGUAAGUUGCUUGUAGAAGGGAAUUAAUUAACGUUUAUACUCACCACGACUAAAAUUUGCUAUCGAAAGAUUUUGAAUGUUUUUAUUCUCAAAUGCAACUUUCUCACAAUUGAGCUGCACACACACAUACACACACACGAUUAAGCUCGUUAUAGGUCCUAUUUGUUGUUGUUGUUGUUGUUGUUGUUGUUGUUGUUGUUGUUGUCUUCUGGUUAAAUAGAAGUUUUGCGUAGGCUGAAUCAGUGCAGACUUCAACGCAACCAUGCAACUCUAACAUAAUUGGACCGAGAGGUUUUCCUGGUCCUAUCGGUCAGACUGGGAUGCCUGGCGUACCUGGAGCUGCUGGCCCCGCUGGCUCUGCUGGUCCUUCAGGAAGAGUGGGAGAACCAGGUCCUUUUGGUCCUCGUGGGUUACUGGGAGAAAUGGGAAGGAAAGGUGAAAAAGGAAUACAGGGAGUAGGACAAAAGGGUAAUUCUGGUGUACGCGGCGAAGCAGGUCCGAAAGGAGAAAAGGGAGUGCAAGGAGAUCGCGGUCUGCAAGGAGAUCGCGGUCUGCAAGGAUCGCCCGGACUGGUUCCCAUGAAAGACAUCGAGGAAUUAAAGCAACUCGUCGGCUAUCUGACCGAGAGCAUGUUGUCGAUAAGGCAACAGGUAGUUAAUAUCAACAACACGUUACAAUUUGCAAAAUUGCGGGUUGACUGGAAAGUUGUUAACGACAGCAGGAAGCUGCAGUUUCGGAGGUCUAAGAGCAAGAUCCCAUUGUUAACUAGUAGCAAUCGAGUCGAGACGACGUUCAAUAUAUCAGACUACGGUUACGAUCCAUCAAAAUAUGAAUUUGAUGAAGUGCAAGUGGAUGCACAAACUACUGGAGAUCUGGACAACAGUUCUGAAACUUUAGUAACGUACUUCAAUUACAAUCAGAUUGACCAACCACGGAAUUACGACUAUAAUUCUCUUCGUCGAGUGCAUUCUUAUCCAAUUGAGAAGAAAGUGAGCGCUACUUCGUUUAAACUCGCUGCUCACACUACGCGUAGUGUAGGCAGUGGGUAUAUCACUUUUACAUUAGUGAAAUUUCGAGUGACACUACAGUAGAUUUUCGAUCGAGUGAGAGACCAAUAGACGGUUGACGCUAUGUGAGUGAGUACAAGUCAUGAAUAAAGUGUCAUUUAAG